GCACCUGCUCCCCGCCUACUCACUCCCCACUCCCGCUUUCCUGGGUUUCGGGGGAGCGAAUCCACCCCAGACAGGGGAGCGCCGGCGCAGGGCCCCGCUGGCAGAGGCUGCACUGGGAGCCGGCGGGCUCUGCAUUCAUCAUUGUUCCCCCAGCGCCUGGCACGGGUUGAGGCGCAGGCAGGGAUGGUGGCCUGAACCGUGCCGUCUCUUCCGAGUCGUCCGCCCGCCAAGCUCUCGCCCCACAGGUGUUUGCCGGACGCCUUACAAGUUCCAGACCCGGAGCCGGGCGCCGGCGACGCCAGAGAAGGACCAGGAUCCAACUCAGGAUAACUGCCGGGCGCCGCAGGCGGCACGGGGCGCACGGGGCCGCAGCCGAGGGACCUGCGCGCGCCCCCGCCUCGCGCUGCGCGCUCGUGACGCCCCCGGCCCCGCCCCCGGCCUCCGCCUCCUGCGGCCCCCUCCCCCCUGGCUCGGCCGCGCUCGGGUCGGCUGGCUCUAUGGGGAAAGCGGCCGCUCUGUGCCGAGGCGGCGGCUGCGGCGGCCGCUCCCGCGGACUCUCGUCGCUGUUCACGGUUGUCCCCUGCCUAUCGUGCCACACGGCGGCUCCAAGCAUGAGCGCUUCCACGCCCGGCUCUGGGCCGGAGCCCAAGUCUCAGCCAGUGCCCGAUCCCGAGCGGGAGCGGGUGUCAGAACAGGUGCUGGAGCCCGUUUCUGAGCCAGUGCCAAGAUCCGCGCCUGAGUCCGAGAAGACAUCUGCGCCAAAGCCAGAGUCCAGACAAGAAUCGGAACUGCUGCCGGUGUUGGGGACGGGGUCAGGGCACCAGCAAGAGUUUGGCUCAAGUGUGGGGGCUGGGCUCUCCACCAAGGCCUCAUCUGAACAGCCACCAGCGCUGUGGCCAGCAGUGGGGAGCGUGCCCAAACUUGAGUCAGGGUUACAGCAGGUGUCAAAGCCCCCGCCUUUUCUGCGACCAGGACAGGUGAGGAUGUCUUUUGGGGUUCCAAUGUCAGGGACUGGCACGACCUCCACUGUCCCGAUGGUCUUGCUGCCUCUGGACAGUUUCAAGGGCUGGCUCCUCAAGUGGACCAAUUACCUGAAGGGCUACCAGCGCCGCUGGUUCGUGCUCAGCAACGGCCUGCUGUCUUACUACAGAAAUCAGGGUGAAAUGGCCCACACCUGCCGUGGCACCAUCAACCUGUCCACCACGCACUUUGACACGGAGGAUUCUUGCGGUAUCAUACUGACCAGUGGGGCAAGGACCUACCACCUCAAGACCAGCUCGGAGGUGGAGCGGCAACAGUGGAUCACCGCCCUGGAGCUGGCCAAGGCCAAGGCUGUCCGCAUGAUGAACAGCCAUUCAGAUGACUCUGGGGACGACGACGAGGAGACUGCCUCCCCAGCUGACAAGAGUGAACUCCACAACACCAUCAAGAGCCUCUCCUUGAAGUUAGAUGACCUCAGCACGUGCAACGACCUCAUCGCCAAGCACGGCGCCGCACUCCAGCGCUCCCUGAACGAGCUGGACGGGCUCAGGAUCCCGUACGAGAGCAGUGAGAAGCUGAAGGCUGUGAACGAGCGGGCCACCCUCUUCCGCAUCACAUCCAAUGCUAUGAUCAACGCCUGCAGGGACUUCCUGGAACUAGCAGAGACACACAGCCGGAAAUGGCAGCGUGCGCUGCAGUAUGAGCAAGAGCAGCGCGUCCACCUGGAGGAGACCAUCGAGCAGCUGGCCAAGCAGCACAACAGCCUCGAGCGGGCCUUCCGCAGUGCCCCUGGCCGGGCCGCCAACCCCACCAAAAGCUUCAGCGAGGGAAGCUUCUUGACAUCCAAAGGAGAGGACAGUGAGGAAGAUGAGGAUACCGAGUACUUCGACGCCAUGGAAGACUCCACAUCCUUCAUCACCGUGAUCACCGAGGCCAAGGAGGACAGAAAAGCUGAGGGUGGGACCACAGGCCCUGUGGACUGGACCUCGUCAGAAAAUGUGCUCGAUGGUGCCUCACUUGUGCCCAAGGAACCCCCCAAAGUCAAGAGGCGCACCUGCAUCCCCGACAAGCCCAACUACAGCCUUAAUCUCUGGAGCAUCAUGAAGAACUGCAUUGGCCGGGAGCUCUCCAAGAUUCCCAUGCCGGUCAACUUCAACGAGCCCCUGUCCAUGCUCCAGCGGCUGACGGAGGACCUGGAGUACCACCACCUGCUGGACAAGGCAGUGCACUGCACCAGCUCCGUGGAGCAGAUGUGCCUGGUGGCCGCCUUCUCUGUGUCCUCCUACUCCACUACUGUGCACCGCAUCGCCAAGCCCUUCAACCCUAUGCUGGGGGAGACCUUCGAGCUGGACCGCCUCGAUGAGAUGGGCCUGCGUUCCCUCUGCGAGCAGGUGAGCCACCACCCUCCAGCAGCUGCGCACUAUGUGUUCUCCAAAAAUGGCUGGAGCCUCUGGCAGGAGAUCACCAUCUCCAGCAAGUUCCGGGGAAAAUACCUCUCCAUCAUGCCACUAGGUGCCAUCCACUUAGAAUUCCAGGCCAGUGGGAAUCACUACGUGUGGAGGAAAAGCACUUCGACUGUGCAUAACAUCAUCGUGGGCAAGCUCUGGAUAGACCAGACAGGGGACAUUGAGAUUGUGAACCAUAAGACCAAGGACCGGUGCCAGCUGAAGUUCUUGCCCUACAGCUACUUCUCCAAAGAGGUGGCCCGGAAGGUAACAGGCGUGGUGAGUGAUGGCCAGGGCAAGGCCCACUACGUGCUGUCGGGCUCAUGGGAUGAACAGAUGGAGUGCGCCAAGAUUGUGCAAAGCAGCCCCAGCAGCCCCAGCUUGGAUGGAAAGCAGAAGACAGUGUACCAGACGCUGCCAGCCAAGCUGCUGUGGAAGAAGUACCCACUGCCGGAGAACGCGGAGAACAUGUACUAUUUCUCGGAGUUGGCCCUGACUCUCAAUGAGCACGAGGAGGGCGUGGCGCCCACCGACAGCCGCCUGCGGCCCGACCAGCGGCUGAUGGAGAAGGGUCACUGGGACGAGGCCAACACUGAGAAGCAGCGGCUGGAGGAGAAGCAGCGUGUAUCGCGGCGCCGGCGGCUGGAGGCCUGCUCACGGGGCUGCGGUUCUGAGGACGCAGAGAAGGAGGCCGACACAUACAUGCCGCUGUGGUUCGAGAAGAGACUGGACCCGCUGACCGGGGAGAUGGCCUGCGUGUACAAGGGCGGCUACUGGGAGGCCAAGGAGAAGCAGGAGUGGCACAUGUGCCCCAACAUCUUCUGAGCGCCAUAUCCCUCCUGCAAAUACAGACACCUGCACAGCCUGGGCCACCUUUUACUGAAUGCACUCAAUUUAGUACUUCAUGGCCAUCCUACCCCACCUUUUUCCUUUCCUCUUUUUUUUAAAAAUGACACUUUUUGGGGCUCCCACCUUGGAAGGAGGAAGUGCUGACCCGGGUUCUCUCCAGCCCCCAGGUGCCCCGGGUCACCCACGCCCCUUCAUAACCGGACUUGGGCCCCAUCUGGACCCCAGUUCACAGUUACCACAACUCAGGCAGGCUGCCCCCCCCCCGACUGCCCCCCUCACCAGCCCCAUCUAAGGAGGAACUGGCCCCUCCUAGGGAGCCACUUUUGACUUUUAUAGAAAAAUGAUCUCCAUUUCUUUCCAGCCAAGAUGUUUAGUAAAUAUUUUUAGUACAGCACUUAGCAGACAACUUUCUAAGUGUGCUUUUUGCCAGAAAAGUGCCCUGGCAAGAGCCCCUUCUUUUUAAGAUAUCAGGAAGCCAGACAGACCCUUUGAGACCAGAGAAUUUUGUAGCUCAACAUAGGAAGGCCGCCCCCCAGGAGCCCAGGACCCCACAGAGAAGGGACUGGGAGGGGCCACUGGGCCGAAGAGAGCACAAGUCCCUGGAGUUACAGCCACGGUGGGGAGGGGCACUGAGGGGCCCCCAACGUAGAUUGGAGGGCCACAGUCCCUUGCAUAGCCUUGGCCCUGCAGGGGCUACUCCCCAGAUCCAACGAGGCCAGGAAGAGCUGGGGGCAGGGCCUGCAGGUGCUUCCCGCCCAGAACCAGGCCCCAAAUCAGCAAUAAGAACAAACCCUCGGCUCAGCCUGGGCUGGUGCCCUGGGCACCAGAGACCCAGUGUGGCAAGGUUACUUCAGGCACCUCCGGUGUACUCCAUCUCAGCACCCCCUGAACUCUUUAUUUGCCUGAUUUAUAUGUAUACUAUAUAAAUAUAUAUAAAAUAGCUAUUUUGCUUAAAUUUCUAUGGUAUGUGGAAGUGAAAAAAUGAUGAAGACAGGGCGUGCCUGUCUGAGUUUGGCCCUCCUGUCAGCUGUGCCCUGCCCCCUUCUCAGACCCCCUUCUAAUGGCUCCAACAGUGGGGGGACUGGGCCACUGUGGCCACUGUCCCAGACCCUUAAAACCCUUACUCCAACCCCUCCCACUUCAGUUUGGUCCUAAAUAUUCAUCACAGGGUUUUUCUUUCUACUCCAGGACUGGUUUUGUUUUUAUAAGAAAAAAAGUGAAAAUACCAACGUAUGAAAUGCCUUAGGGUGCCCACUCAAUGGGGUCAGGGCGGGCAGGUGGCCCCACCGGGCCUGCAGCAGAGCUGUGCAAUGUACCUCUUCUCAACACUGUUUGUGGUGAGCACCUUCUGACGGGUAAUAAAAACCUGGGAUUUGGAGUUUUUCA